AUGUUGUAUCUUAUUGGAUUAGGACUCUCUCACGAAAAGGAUAUCACAGUCAGAGGACUGGAGACCGUGAAGAAAUGUAAGCGUGUCUACUUGGAGGCUUACACUUCGAUCCUCAUGGCCGCAGACAAGUCAUCUCUGGAAAGCUUCUAUGGAAGAGAGGUGAUUCUUGCAGAUAGAGAGUUGGUUGAGAGUGGAUCCGAUACCAUUCUCGAGAACGCACAGGAGGAUGACGUUGCUUUUUUGGUUGUUGGGGAUGUUUUUGGAGCCACAACCCACACAGACCUGGUGAUCAGAGCCCGCGAGUUGAACAUCAAGGUGGAAGCUAUUCACAAUGCCUCGGUGAUGAACGCUGUUGGAGCCUGUGGACUGCAACUUUACACUUUUGGACAAACUGUUUCGAUCGUCUUCUUUACCGAAAACUGGAGACCAGAUUCUUUCUAUGACAAGGUGAUGGAAAACAGAAGGAUCGGACUGCACACUCUUCUGCUACUCGAUAUCAAGGUGAAGGAGCCAAAUAUCAAUGAGCUUAUGAAGGGUAGAGUCGUCUACGAGCCUCCAAGAUACAUGUCCGUGGCCACCUGUUGCCAGCAGCUCUUGGAGAUUGAAGAGAAAAGACAAGAGGGUGCAUACACGCCUGCAACUCCAUGUGUUGCUGUUUCCCGUCUUGGAUCUCCAACCCAAACUUUCAAAGCUGCUACCUUGAAAGAGCUCGCCGAGUAUGAUGCCGGAGAGCCCCUUCAUUCUGUCGUGAUGCUUGGCAGACAGGUCCACGAACUCGAGCUGGACUACUUGCUCGAAUUUGCCGAUGAUAAAGACGCUUUCAAAGAGGCUGUUACACAGGACCAGAAGUUUUUCGCUAAAAACUAA